AUGGAGAACGAGAACACAGAUCUGACGGCACGCCGGAAACCAAUGGCAGCUGCCUCGCUGCUGUCUGUGUACGAGCAGAAGUUCGAGGCGUUCAAGACGCUCAAGUCAACAAGAUCAGAGCGGUAUCGCCACAACAACAGUGCUGCGCAGCUUAUUAUGUCCCAGAGAGACCCCAAUCGCAUGGUUGACAGCAGAGAGGACACGAUCGAGACAUCUUCGUACGUACUGGGUGACAGCAACGGCGACUUUAGCGAUAGCGAGGACGAGCAGAAAAGCGGCCUGUUGUUGAAGGAGCUGCCUGCAAGAAGGGGCGAUCCUGUUCUGACCGGUCUUUCUGGUUCGUUUCAGUGCAGCGCUCUGUCUGUAAGAGCUGCGGAGGCUCCUGAGACGGGGCCAGCCGACCAUAGUGAGGGCGAUACCGGGGAGUACGACGAGGACAACGAGGACAACGAGGACGAAGAGGACGACGAGGAGCGCGACGACGAUUAUGACGACGAUAAGGAAGAUGAAGAUGAGGACGACAAUGAAGAGGAUGGAGAAGAUGAGCUGGAGUCACACAUGGACGAAUCUUCGCCGAGUUAUGUGCCGUCCGGCAUUCAGCCGGUCACAGAAGCUACAUCUGGUGUUCCAAACUGGGAACUAAACCUGAUUUCGCCAAAUAUCCCAAACCUUGUGUACGACGAUUACAGAAAGGGAGGAGAACUGGGAAAAGAGUCGAAGGAGUCCGCAAAGUCUGUGGCCUCAAACUCUACGCAGGCAACUAGAUAUACCAAAGUGGCCUUCAAGUCCCACGGCGAGCCUCUAGCUCCAAAGAGUACACCCUUGAUGUUGCAGAACAUUGCUCCGUCGCCAGUCUCCUAUGCAUGUCCUUUCUACAAUACCAUGGAAUACAACCCAAACUGUCCCACCAACGAGUCGCUAUUGAUGACUAUUCUAAACCACGAAAUGGACAACCUUGAUGUCGAGCCAGCUGGCGUGCCUCUCAAAGAACAAUUUCGUCGCUUUCUUCAUCGUGUGUGGCAUCUGGGCGACAUGAGCGCCAAGGAGUACUUGGAAAGGUAUCCAUGGGAGCGGUUUUAUGAUCUUUCUGGCGAGUUCACAGACGAUAGCGACGACAAAGAGGAGUUUAAUUUCAGCAUGAUGCCUCUGAGUGCCAACAUCAACCCGUUCAUUGCUAAGUCCGAUUCCAUGAGAAAUAAGAAACCGCAUGCAUUUGUCGCAAAGAGUGGCGAUGAAUGA